UUUUAUCCGACGCGACAUCAGAUCCUGUUCAGAGCAUCUCGGAUCAGGUAUUACAGACAACACAUACGAGACGAGCUGUUGAAAGAUAUUUUAUGUGAUGACACAUUUUUUAAUGGUACGUUUUUAAUAUCGGCGGAUUUUAAAGGAAGAAUUCAUAGAAAAUCGUGACGUAAGGGGUAAAGGACGUUUUCUGUAGCUCACUGCUAACUAUCACGGAAAUGGAUAUCAAGAGGAUGAACCUCAAACCUGGCUGGCUGCUGCUGCUCUCCAUCUGUGCCGGGGUCUGGUCGGUGCCCAUCGAUCGCAAUGCAGACAACCAGGAAGCUAAAGCGGAGGUGCCGGAGGAGAACGUGGACACCGGCCUGUACUACGACCGGUAUCUCAGAGAGGUGAUCGAGGUUUUGGAGACGGACCCUCACUUCAGAGAGAAACUGCAAACGGCGAACACGGAGGACAUCAAGAACGGUCGUCUCAGUAAAGAGCUGGACCUGGUCGGUCACCACGUGAGGACUCGCCUGGAUGAGCUGAAGCGUCAGGAGGUUUCUCGCCUCAGGAUGCUGCUCAAGGCCAAACUGGACAGCACCAACACACAGAGUCUGCAGAUGGACCACGCCUCCCUGCUGAAGCAGUUUGAACAUCUGGAUCCCCACAAUCAAAACACCUUCGAGGCCAAAGACCUCGAGCUGCUAAUCACGACGGCCACCAAGGACCUGGAGAACUACGACACCGAGAGACACGAGGAGUUCAAACGCUACGAGAUGCUGAAGGAGCACGAGAGACGGGAGUACCUGAAGGGCCUGGACCAGGAGAAGAGGGAGCGAGAGGAGAAGAGAAUGCAGGAGCUCAAGGACAAACACCGGCAGCACCCCAAAGUCAACGCUCCGGGUAGUGUUAAUCAACUACGGGAAGUUUGGGAGGAGACGGACGGACUGGAUCCUCAGGAGUUCAACCCCAAAACCUUUUUUAAACUGCAUGAUACAAAUGAAGACGGAGUUUUAGAUGAGCAGGAAUUGGAGGCUCUCUUCACUAAAGAGCUGGAGAAAGUCUACGACGCAAAGAAUGAGGAGGACGAUAUGACGGAGAUGGAGGAAGAGAGGCUGAGGAUGAGGGAGCAUGUGAUGAAGAAUGUGGACGUGAAUAAAGAUCGUCUCGUCACCCUGGAGGAGUUCCUGAAAUCCACGGAGAAGAAGGAGUUCAGUAAUCCCAAAGAGUGGGAGACUCUGGAAACCAGCCCGCUGUACACGGAGGAGGAGCUGCAGCGGUUCGAGGUCGACCUCCUGGACCGAGAGGAGGAGCUGAAGAGGAAGGCGGAGAAUCUGCAUCAGCAGCAGGAGCUGCUGAAGGAGCGAGGCAAAGCCCUCGAGGCCCAAAGGAAAGAGUACCAGCAGGCAGUGUUAGAAAUGUCCCAGAGACAGAAAGAGCAGCAGGCAGCAGACGGGCAGCCUCCCGCGGGUCCUAAUGGAGAACUACAUUUCCAACCAGAGGCACAAAAAGAGGAAGAUAAAGCUGAACACCCGGCCGAGGUCCACAAUAAUCUGCCUGCAGAGCCGCCACAGAAUCUGCCUAUACACACUUAGUGCAACACACAAACAACACACAAACACACACACACACACACACGCCCACGCACACGCACACGAUUUGCACUGACACAGAUAUCCAGAUGGGUUCCACAAACUGAAUAACGUGGAGUGUUUGUAUAUGGCUCGUGAAUCCUGACAUAUUCUACUGUGUGUUCAUCUCUGUGGUCUCCGUUAGAUUUUAAGAUCUCAAAACACACACAUACAUACACACUUAUACAGUGUGUGUAUAUAUAUAUAUAUAUAUAUAUAUAUAUAUAUAUAUACUGUACAUGUGUAUAUGUGUGUGUGUUUUCAGAAAUCUUCAGUUUCAGUGAAGUUUUCAUUGCAGGGUCUUCAGUGUAAAAUCAUCUUUAAAUAAAGAAUUAAUUUAAAACCUCU